AACUGUAUCAUCUCUGAGCAGAGUGCAGACUAAUUGUAUUAUAAAACAUGGCAAAAAUAAAAUCAGACAGCAAAAGUCCUAAAGGCAAAAAACUGAAAGGAUUAAAUAAAAAAUCCAACAGCUGCCUUAAUCCUGACCGAGAUGUUUCUAAGGUACAACUGAAGGGGGCACCGUAUGCCCGCAGCAAAGCCACCAUCAAGCGGUUGCAGAUGUACCGCACUGGCAAGGCUAAACGAGAUCCUAAGGGAAAAAUAAUCAAGCCUGCAAUAUUUCAAGGAUGGCUGCCAUCAGGAACACAGUCUCGGGUAGCCCCCCACCAGAAGUGGUUUGGCAACACUCGGGUGGUGAAGCAAGAUGCCCUCCAGAAGUUCCAGACUGAAAUGGGCAAAGUGGUGAAGGAUCCAUACAAGGUCGUGAUGAGACAAACCAAUCUUCCAAUAUCUCUACUGAAUGAGAAGGCCAAACAUGCUCGUGUUCACCUGCUGGACACAGAGCCUUACCACACAGUCUUUGGCAAGAAGAAGACGCGCAAAAGACCUUCUCUUUCUGCAGCAGACUGCAUAGAGUAUGCCAAGCAGGCUGCUGAGGCCCUGGAGCGCUAUGACCCCAGCAAGGAUGGAUCAUUGGUCAACGAAACUGACGGGUCAAAAGACGCGGCACCAGUCUGGUUUUCAAAGAUUGGCCAGAGCAAGAGGAUAUGGAGCGAGCUGUACAAGGUGAUCGACUCCUCGGACGUGGUGGUGCAGGUGCUGGAUGCUAGGGAUCCCCUGGGCACACGGUCUCUGCUGGUCGAGAAAUACCUUACUGAGAAAGCGCCGCAUAAGCACCUUAUAUUCGUGCUUAACAAGGUGGACCUGGUACCGGUGUGGGUGACACAGAAAUGGGUGGCCAUUCUGUCGAAGGAGCGCCCCACGAUGGCGUUUCACUCGUCAAUGAACAACAGCUUUGGCAAGGGCGCCCUCAUCUCCCUCCUGCGGCAGUUCGCGGUGCUGCACAAGGACAAGAAGAACAUCAGCGUCGACACAUAACCGUUACUUAUAACUGAGCAGGUGUGCAAUGUGGCGCCCAUUGCUGGCGAGACGAAGGUGUGGCAGUACGUGACGCUCAUGAACAGCAUAUUUCUGAUCGACUGCCCCGGAGUGGUCCCGCCGUCACACGAGUCCGAGGAGGACCUCGUGCUCAAAGGCACCGUCAGAGUCGAGUAUGUUUCAAACCCUCAGGACUACAUCCCUUUCAUCAUGGCCCGUUGCAAGCACUCGUAUCUCUCCACUACCUAUAAGGUUUCGGAGUGGGGCACCUGCCAGGACUUCCUGGAGGCGGUGGGGCGUCGCAUGGGGCGCCUUCUGAGGGGCGGGGAGCCCGACCUCAACGCUGUCGCCAAGCUCAUUCUGAACGACUGGCAGCGUGGCAAGAUCCCGUACUUUGUGCCGCCCCCGGGGCACGAUGAUUCGGAGUACCGCGCAACAAAACAGGUUGAGAACAGUGAACUCGAGAAGCGCACGCGCGAACGGCAGGAGGAGGAGGAGCGUCAGGAGCUGUUGAGGGCGGGAGUGAUCGCCAGGAAGGAGGACCUGACGUACAGGCACUUCCCUGACAUGGGCGACAGUGGUCAGGAAAGUGGAAAUUCUGAUGAGGAACAGAGCGCCCCUAGUGCACCAAAGCUGGUGCCGGGGGUGAUUCAGAAUUUGCAACGAAUUGUAACAUCAGUAAGGUUUGACGAGGAGCCGAAAGCUAAACCCGAAAGCGGGUCAAUAAACCUUGAUAAUGAGACCCGCGAUGAUGAUGUCGACCAAGUUCCCAAGGAGGGUGAUGAUGAUGUCGACCAAGUUCCCAAGGAGGGUGAUGAUGAUGACGACCAAGUUCCCAUGGAGGGUGAAGACGAGCUAUCAUCUGACGAGGACUGCGACGGUGCCGCAGAUUUUGCGGUACCGGCCCUUGAGCUGCAGGAAUUUACGGACGAUAAAACGCCUGUGGUAAGACAGACGUCGGCGGCGCCGAGAUACAAGAAGCAGAUGGCGGCCGCGCGGAGGAAGAGGAAGCACAAGGACGACGCGGUGCUGCAGCUCGCCGACCCUGCGCUCAACAUGCGCGUUAGUGCGAAGCAGCGGCGGCGUGAGAUCAGAGAAAACAUGGAGAAGAACCAGCCUAAGUGCUAUUACGAUAUUGUUAAUGUCAAGAACAAGAAUAGAAACAAAGUUAAGCCUGUCGACCCUGACCUUGCUAACCGAGGUCAUAUGAAGAAAAAACCAAAACCUUCCAAAAAGCGCUGACCUAGUGUAAUAAAAAACUCCUUGUGA